CUUUCCUAGUGCGCGGGGCUGGAGUUGCCCUCUCACUGCCCCUUGCAUUGCUCCCGGAGUAUAAUCUCUAGGCGACUUUUCAGCCAGCGCGGAGGAAAGUGCAGCCAUUGGACAGACUGCUGUAGCCUGAGCCUUCCCAGGGCUCAGCUGUUUGGGGCUUUCCAUCCCUCCGGCUGCGAGAAAGGACACGCGCCCGGCGUCGGGAGAAGAAAAGAAGAAAAACUUGUCGGAGGGGUUUCGCCAGUCCACAGUAACCCCUCCCGCAAACCCAAACCUCCCUCUGGGCCAUCCCAAGACUAAGGAAAGUUCGUUCAGUGCCAACUGCUUUCUUGGAUUUGAAGGAGGCACCCGCGCUGGCUGUGGAAUUAGAUCUGUUUUGAACCCAGUGGAGCGCAUCGCGGGGCUCAGAAGGCACCGGGGUGGCGCUGCCUGUGCGGAAGCGAGAGUUUGCGAGCCCCGGGUGCAAGUGGUCUUACCUCCCCGUGGGUGUUGUUUUGUGUUGGGGUGAGGGCUGCGAGUGUUGUGGCAAGUUGCGAAGAGAGACCCGGAGGUCCGGAGAGGACUGCGCUUCCCCUCGUACUCCCUUCCUUCUCCUUGCUGCAGGGUGUGAAAUCCCAGCGAAAUAUACAGAGGCCUCCUGGUACUGCCAAGACCUGUCCGCAGCGUUAAACCCUGCCAUCCCCAUUCCCACUGGGAGCCCAGGGCGCCAGGGAAGGACUGGCGGGUAGGAGGAGGGAGGUCGCGGCGGCGGCAUGGCGAGGUUCCCGAGGGCCGACCUGGCCGCUGCAGGAGUUGUGUUACUUUGCCACUUUUUAAUGGACCGGUUUCAGUUCGCUGAAGGAGAGCCUGGAAACCAAAUCAGUGACUGGCAGCAUCAAGUUCCUCAGGCUCUCCCGCAAGCAGAAGAGGAGAUAGAAGUAGACACACAUACAUUCAGCCACCGAUGGAAAAGGAACACGGAUUCCCUCAAGGCUGUGGACACGAACCGAGCGAGCAUGGGCCAAGACUCCCCAGAGCCCAGGAGCUUCACAGACCUGCUGCUGGAUGAUGGGCAGGACAACACCACCCAGAUCGAGGAGGACACAGAUCACAAUUACUAUAUAUCCCGGAUAUAUGGCCCAUCUGAUUCUGCCAGCCGCGAUUUGUGGGUGAACAUAGACCAAAUGGAAAAGGACAAAGUGAAGAUUCACGGAAUCCUCUCCAAUACUCAUCGGCAAGCUGCAAGAGUGAACCUGUCCUUCGAUUUUCCAUUUUAUGGCCAUUUUCUACGUGAAAUCACUGUGGCAACUGGGGGUUUCAUAUACACUGGAGAAGUGGUGCAUCGGAUGCUGACAGCCACGCAGUACAUAGCGCCUCUGAUGGCAAAUUUCGACCCUAGUGUCUCCAGAAAUUCAACAGUCCGAUAUUUUGAUAAUGGUACAGCACUUGUUGUCCAGUGGGACCACGUACAUCUGCAGGAUAAUUACAACCUGGGAAGCUUCACAUUCCAGGCAACCCUCCUCAUAGAUGGACGCAUCAUCUUUGGAUACAAAGAAAUUCCUGUCCUGGUCACACAGAUAAGUUCGACCAAUCACCCAGUGAAGGUGGGGCUGUCUGAUGCCUUUGUGGUUGUCCACAGGAUCCAGCAAAUCCCCAAUGUUCGAAGAAGAACAAUUUAUGAGUACCACCGAGUAGAGUUACAAAUGUCAAAAAUUACCAACAUUUCAGCUGUGGAGAUGACCCCAUUACCUACCUGUCUCCAGUUUAAUGGUUGUGGCCCCUGUGUAUCCUCUCAGAUUGGCUUCAACUGCAGUUGGUGCAGUAAACUUCAAAGAUGUUCCAGUGGAUUUGAUCGUCAUCGCCAGGACUGGGUGGACAGUGGAUGCCCUGAAGAGUCAAAAGAGAAGAUGUGUGAGAACACAGAGCCAGUGGAAAGUUCUUCUCAGACCACCACAACCACGCGAGCGACCACCACGCAGUUCCGGGCCUUGACGACCACCCGCAGUGCGGCCACGUCCCAGCUGCCCACCAGCCUGCCCACCGAAGAUGAUACCAAGAUAGCACUACAUCUAAAAGAUAAUGGAGCUUCCACAGAUGACAGUGCAGCCGAGAAGAAAGGGGGGACCCUGCAUGCGGGCCUCAUUGUUGGAAUUCUCAUCCUGGUCCUCAUUAUAGCAGCAGCCAUUCUUGUGACAGUCUAUAUGUAUCACCACCCAACGUCAGCAGCCAGCAUCUUCUUUAUUGAGAGACGCCCAAGCAGAUGGCCUGCGAUGAAGUUUCGAAGAGGUUCUGGCCAUCCUGCCUAUGCGGAAGUUGAACCAAUGGGAGAGAAGGAAGGUUUUAUUGUAUCAGAGCAGUGCUAAGAUUUCUAGGACAGAACAGCACCAGUGCUGGCUUACAGGUGUUAAGACUAAAAUUUUGCCUAUACCAUUCAGACACACACACACACACACACACACACACACACACACACACAAAGGAGCCCUAAGCUGCUGUAACCUGAAGAAAACAAAAUUUUUGGACAAGCUCCGCCCAGGAAGGGUACAAGAAAAACUAAAACUUACCCAAGAUACUAUUUCCACUGAACACAGAAUUCCUUAGUGGGGUGGCAUCUGUAGUUCACUCAGAAUAUCUCCUGUGGACUUAUCAGAAUUAUGACAAGAUUACAGUGCUAUUGGCUUAGGUGCAGGGUUGCAAAGGGAUCAAGAAAAAAAUACUAAUAACAAAACGUAGCUCACGAGGGAUCUACACCUUUGGUUCAAAUAUUCUUCUCUAAUGUCUCAAAGAUAACUGUGUUCGAAAGCCUGAACCCUUUCACUCAAAAGAGCAAUGAUGAAUGUUUCAAGACUGCUGAGAAAAACAGUUCAUGAAGGAACAAAAACAAACACAAAAUAAGAGAUUUUCUAUCUUUUCAUCAGACGUGUGGCCAAAGGAUUGUGGUUUUCUGGUCUAGAUCUACCUGUUCCAACAAAUUCAUUACUUUAUAGGAUGAAUCUUUGAUCUGCACAGGAAGUUUAAACUAUGCUCCCCUCUUUCUUGUUAAUGAAUGCCCUUUCUGUGAUCUGUAACAGAAUUUUCAAACUUUUAGCCAAGGUUUAGGAAGGAGGGAGUAGCAAAUGAGGCUUUCCAUUCUCGCUCCUCAGAAUAAAACUUCAGAUUCGUUUUACGAAGCGUGAAGUCCUAUGAAGCCACAUUUGCUCUUGGCUGAAGGAAACAAAAGGAUAAAUGGCUCCAUUGCCAUUUUUGAAACAAAAAUGUUAAGGGAUUCUAAGUCUAUGGGUAUUUUUUAACUUUUUGCCAUUUCAGUACUAAAGGCCCAUUUCAUUGUCGAUUCCUUUUGAAGAAGCCGUUCAAAUCAGCAUAUCCCUGGUGAUAAAAGGAAGGAAAGAACCCUGCUGAAUCAUCCCAUAAUUUUCUUUAAAGCACAUAGUAGUUACAUAAAUAUAUAUAUAAAUAUAUUUUUGUUUAUAACUAACACAAGGCAGGCUCUUGUGACUCUACGAGUGCAUUUUGUCAUCGAGACAAAACAAAUGCAAGGAGCAUUACUGCAUACUUCCAUGGAGUUGUAAAAUAAUCCUUAAUAUUAGAAUAUUUUUAUGUCACUUAGCAAAAGUGGCUCAAUUGGUUGCAGUGCAGAUCAUCUUCCUGCCUAUUUGAGCCUCCCUUUUGUUCAUAUCAACCCCUCCCUCCCCGGCUAAAUAGAGCAGAUGCCAAAAGCUCUUUCAAUGGAGCCGUCGUUUGCCCUAUAAUGAAAAUCCAGAUUUUGAAAUUUCCCCCUGAACGAAGAUAGAAAAGAAAUUCGUUUGAGGAGGAAAGUGGUUAAUAUAUAUACCAAGCUCCUAAUGUUUAAAAUUCAGGUACUAUGUGUACAAUUUCACUAACAUCUUAACCCAUGAAACUUACAUCCUGUGCCAAGAAGCUGUUGGUUUUUGUAGGGUACAGUGUCUACCAUUUGCAGAUUCGGGUAUUAAGAAGCAGAGAUGUCUUCAACAGCACUUUACUAACAGCGUAGCAUCUCUACACAGUGUCUAGGGUGAAUGACAUCAGUUUACUAACAGUAUCAUAUGUAUAUUCACACUUGUCUAACAUAAACUAGUGCCAUUUUCCAUCAUAUAUAUUUUGCUUUAUAUUUUUAAGUACCUGGUGAAGGUGGUAAUUAUUUCCCUAAUCUACUUAGUUAAAAAUUGCAA